CUAAAUACUUAUUUGCCCCACUGUAUGGUACUUUCUCAUAAAUACAGAAAUGUGUUUCAGACUACUUCUACACUAAAACGGAUAAAUUUUGUAAUUCAGACAAUAUUUUUCUACCUUUCCACACUAUGUUUAAGGUGCAUUUAUAAACACCACGCUCCUGCAAGGGACGCCUGCGCAAAAAGGAGCAGCCUCCUGUGUGACGUCAUCGUCCGCGCGGGUCACCUCUGAACUGAAAGCUUAUCAUUUUUCGGCGCUGUUCGAUCUUUUCUGCAGACAUAUUCGAGCAUAAAAUUUAUAAGCUCUUUCAGUUGUAAAAAGAGGAGUGGGGAAAGUCGCGUCUUUUAUUAUUUACCUCCAUUGUUUACAAUGCCAUAAUGCAUAAUGGCGAUAGCGCGUCCUUGACAGCACUUCUUUUGUGUCAGAUUAUUAUAGGGAUAUCCUUGUUAGCUCCAAUGAUGACUCCACUUUCUGUUGGAUUCAGAACAAGUUUUAUUUUAGGCUCCUGCCUUGUGCACAGACACUUGUACAGUGAACAUACACUGCUGGCCAAAAGUAUUGGCACCCCUGCAAUUCUGUCAGCUAAUGCUCAAAUUCUACCAGAAAAUGAUUGCUAUCUUCAUUUAUUUUGCUUGCAAUUAAAAAACACAAAAGAGAAUGGGAAAAAAUAAACUAUUAUCAUUUUACACACAACUCCAAAAAUGGGCUGGACAAAAGUAUUGGCACCCUUUGAAAAAUCAUGUGAUGCCUCUUUAAUUUGUGUAAUUAACAGCACCUGUUACUUACUUGUGGUAAAUACCAGGUGGUGGCAAUAACUGAAUCAAUCUUGCAGCCAGGUAAAAUGGAUUCAAGUUGACUCUGCCUCUGUCCUGUGUCCUUGUGUGUACCACAUUGAGCAUGGAGAAAAGAAGACCAAAGAACUGUGAGGAAGCAUGGGCUAUGUCAAGGCUACAAGCAAAGACCUGAAUGUUCCUGUGUCUACUGUUUGCAAUGUCAUCAAUAAGUCUUUCAGAAAAUAUUUUGGUGCCGAGCGGCAGGAGCCAGAAUCUCCUGGCAUGAAAGAGGAUGUUAAACUCCCCCAAAUCAAAGAGGAGGAGGAGCCAGCGCCCUGUCAACAGAAGGAGAGAGAAGAGCUAGUUCCAAUCAAAAAGGAGGAAGACGAGCUGCCAUGUGUUAAAGAGGAGGAAGGUAUCGGCAGCUCGACUUGUGAGCCCUCGAAGACUGAAGAUGGUCCGAGUGAGGCCAGCAGAGGGGCGGAGCCACCAUCCGACAGCAGCAGCAGCUCAACAGAAGGAUUGCAAGCAGACAUUUUUAUCGCUCCAUCAGACAGAAAUGGCGCCACGUCACACUCGCCUUACAAUGAUGAUGGUCAUAAGAAAUCUCACCGUGACGACAAACUCAGCAUAUGCUCUCAGUGUGGGAAAACCUUUGCUAAUAACUAUCGUUGCCAUAGGCAUAUGAGUACCCACACUGGCGAAAAACCUUUUUCCUGCUCUGUUUGUGGUCAAAGAUUCACUCGCAAAUACACUUUAAAAAUACACGAAAGAACCCACACUAGAGAAAAACCUUUUUCCUGCUCAGUUUGUGGUCAAGGAUUCACUCAAAAGCAACACUUGAACUUACACACAAGAACACACACUGGUGAAAAACCUUUUUCCUGCCGAGUUUGUGGUCAAGGAUUCGCUCAAAAGAUACACUUGAACUUACACACAAUAACACACACGGGAGAAAAACCUUUUUCCUGCUCAGUUUGUGGUCAAAGAUUUUGUCAAAAGAACAACUUGCAAAUGCACGCAAAAACCCAUAAUGGCGAAAAAGCUUUUUCCUGCUCAGUUUGUGGUAAAGAAUUCCAUCACAAGAGCACCUUAAACAUACACUCAAGAACCCACACUGGCGAAAAACCUUUUUCCUGCUCAGUUUGUGGCCAAAGAUUCAGUCACAAGAGCGCCUUAAACAAACACACAAGAACCCACACAGGAGAAAAACCCUUUUCCUGCCCAGUUUGUGGUCAAAGAUUCGCUCAAAAGCAACACUUGAAAAUACACACAAGAACCCACACUGGUGAAAAACCUUUUUCCUGCCCAGUUUGUGGUCAAGGAUUCACUCAAAUUCACCACUUAAAAGUACACACAAGAACCCAUACUGGGGAAAACCCUUUUUCCUGCUCAGUUUGUGGUCGAGUAUUCACUCGAAAGCACUACCUGAAAAUCCAUGCAAGAACCCAUACUGGCGAAAAACCUUUUUCCUGCUCAGUUUGUGGUCAAACAUUCGCUCAAAAGCAACACUUGAAAACACACACAAGAUCCCACACUGGUGAAAAACCUUUUUCCUGCUCAGUUUGUGGUAAAGGAUUCACUCGGAAGGCUCGAAUUAAGAGACACGUGUGUGAUGGUGUGAGUAGCAUUGGCCAAUGACUGUUUUGCCUGUCAUACAUGCUGCCUUCAUCAGAUUGUGCAUGCAGGACGAUUGUAUUCUGUUGCGCUUCCUCAAAUCCUGUUGAAGAUUGGCACUUUUGGUGCCUUACAUGUGCUUUGUCCAAUCCUAGGCCUGAACGAUAUUGGAAAAAACUAUUGUUGCGAUUUUUGGGGGGUUUGCGAUAUAUUGCGAUAUUUAAAAAAAAAACAUUUUUUCAAAGAAAUGUUUACUAGAUGACUCGAACAGCUGUUUGGAAAGACUUUGGAUGACUCACCGAGAAGGCAGUGUACAGUGAUCCCUCAUUUUUCGCGUUUAAUUGGGACCAGAACCAGCCGUGAUAAGUUUAAAAGUGCGAAGUAGCCCCCCCACACACACACACACAAUUUCUUUGGUGUGUUCAAUGUAUUUUUUUUUUUUUUUUCAGAUUUAGCAUUGGAAAGAGAUACAUAGAAAACAUUUUUUUUCACAUUUUCUCCCCAAAGUAUGAUUUUUAAAAAGUUUUUUUUUUUUUUUGGAAUAUAUGGUGUUUAAGCACUCCUAAUGUGUUAAUUAUGAUCAGUUUUAAACAUGAAUGUCCCACCGAUUCAUUAUUAAACAAGAAUUAAAUACAGUAGUAGAAAAAUGCUUGGCUAUUAAAUGCUUCUGUUUACCUACCUUGGCUGUGACUCUUGGAGUGACAUGUAGAAAUUACAAACGGCUCUCAUUUCUGGCGUUUAUUGCGAUGACAACACGUCAGGCCGCCUCGAACGUCUCCACACACACACACCCACACACAUUAAUUCCAGCGAGCGCUUUCUUGCAGCAACUGUUUAACAAAUUAAAUGAUGGGUGAC